AUGGCUUCUAUAUCUCCUCUUCUAUCCAUUCUCCCAUACUCCCAAAUCAAAAACCAAACAUCCAACCUUCAAAACAAAAGCCGUGGCAUCAACCAGGUUCCAUGCAGAGCCUCCAAUGGAGACUCCACAAGCAAAUUUGACCGAAGAGAUGUGCUGUUUGGACUGGGCGGACUUUAUGGUGCAGCUGCUCUAACCAACCAACAAAGCCCUGCGUCCGCAGCACCUUUAGCACCCGACGUCAACAACUGCGAGGCAGCCACAAUAGAAGGCAACGAACACAUCCCAUGCUGCCCUCCCAAAAUCCAUGAUAUCAUUGAUUUCAUCCAUCCACCACACACAACAAAACUCCGCAUUCGCCCACCCGCCCACUCGCUUACUCCAAAGCAACAAUUCAACUUCGAGAAAGCCAUUCAUAUCAUGAAACGCCUCCCUCCCAACGACCCUCGUAACUUUUACAGGCAAGCCGAUGUUCACUGUGCCUAUUGUGAUUAUGCCUACAAACAAUUAGGCUUCCCAAACGCCGAAAUGCAAGUCCAUUGGAACGCUUUGUUCUUCCCAUUUCACCGAGCUUACCUCUACUUCUUCGAGAGAAUCUUAGGCCAUUUAAUUAACGAACCAAAUUUCGUCAUACCCUUUUGGAAUUGGGAUAAUACUGAAGGUAUGCAAAUGCCAGAAAUCUACGACCACCCAAAUUCGCCACUCUAUGACAAGCUACGUAAUCAAAGGCAUAGGCCACAUAAAUUGCUUAACCUUAACUACCACGGCGACGACAACCCUUCAUACGACGUCGUCGAUUCUAAUCUCCGGUGGAUGCAUAAGCAAAUGAUAACGGACGCCAAUACUGCUGAAGGGUUCCAUGGAAAGCUACUCAUUGCAUCUCAUGAAGCUAAUGAAGAAACUGGGAUGGGUACCAUUGAGAAAUCUCCUCAUAAUAAUAUUCACAAUUGGGUUGGCGAUCCAAACGCCAAGAACCAUAUGAACAUGGGAGCGUUUUACUCGGCAGCUCGAGAUCCGUUGUUUUAUGGUCAUCAUGCGAAUGUGGAUCGCAUGUGGAGCAUUUGGCAAGGGUUAAAGAAUGGGAAGGCAAGAGAUUUUGAUAACCCCGAUUGGUUGAAUUCCUCGUUUGUGUUCUAUAAUGAGCAUAAACAAGCUGUACGCAUCAAAGUUCGUGAUUGUUUGGACACUAGAAGGCUUGGAUAUGUUUACCAAUAUGUAGAUCUUCCAUGGCUGCAUACUAAGCAAACCCCACGUCUAAAAAAGCAGCUAAAAACAACGCAAGCUCCACAAGUUAUUAAAUUUCCUCAGGGUCUCAAUUCAAUGGUAACCACAACGGUGAAGAGACCGAACAAAUUAAUGAAUGAAAAGGAAAAGAGUGAGAAAGAUGAGGUAUUGGUGAUAGAAGGCAUUGAAUUGGAUAAGAGAUUUUGGGUUCAUUUUAAUGUGCUUGUUAAUGUUGUUGAUGAUGGCUCCGAUGUGUGUCCGGGGAAUACUGAGUUUGUAGGAACGUUUACAACCGUCCCGCAUGGUCACAACCACCGUGGAAAGACGUCUUUACGAGUUGUGAUAACGGAGGUGCUUAAAGAGUUGGGAAUAGAGGACGAUGAGAGUGUGAUUGUGAGGCUCGACCCUAAGGUUGGUGGAGACAAGGUCACCAUUGGAGGGAUGAAGAUCGAACUUCAGCCAAAAGGUCAGUAGGUGUGGCGUUUCGGUUACUUUACAUUGUCUUUUCAAUCAAUAAGGGCUUUGUGUUAAUGCCCAUUUCGGUACUAUUG